AGACAUAAAAAUAGAAAUAAUAAAAAAUAUAAUGAUAUAGAGUGCCGCAAGUACCCUUUUUUGCUCAUAUUUUUUCCCGGUUUGCAAGUGCAACUACGCCGUCUACAACGACUCCUUUGUUUCGCCAACUGCACACUCUUGAGGAGUCCCCAUAUAUAUUUUUUCUUACUUUUCCUUUUCCCUUUUUAUUUCUAAUUUUCAAAUUCCCUCUCUGCUAUUAUUUUAAGUUUAUUGUAUUUCGAAUUGUUUCUUUUUAGUUACAAACUGCUCCGGUAACUUGAAAGAAGCUAGCGGGCAAGGGUUUUAGUUUUGGAUGUUUGUUAUUGAUGGCUGAUGCGAGAAGAAACGACCACGUUUUCUCCUCGGAAGUCGGGAUACCUUCCGGACUGAAUCGGAUCAAGACCCCACGAGUUCUUUUGAAGGAACAACCGAGUUCGAAACCGGGCGAGUUGAACGAGUCGAGGACUUCGAAGAACAAACAGAAGUCAGUCGCCCGUGGACAUGGCCAAAAAUCAGGAAAGAAGAUGGCACGGUGGCUUUUGUCUUAUAUUUCAAGGAAUUCCACUCAAGCCUUCAAUAAUGUUACAAAUAUUGAGGAUGGUGUCUCAGAAGUUAAGACACGUGACAGAGAACCUGUGAGAACUAAACUUGGCUACAUGGAAAAUAAGAAUGGAAAGCAAUCUUCAGCUGAGAAUGCAUGCUAUAGAAUAGUGUCAAAAGGUCUAAAGAGUUUUUCGCAUGAAUUAGGACCUAAGGGUGGUAUUCCAUCUGUGUAUCCUCGAGCCCACAGUUACAAUGAUUUAAAGGAACUAUUUGGUUCAUUACAUUCAAGAUUUGAUGCUGCUAAAGAGGUGGUAGACACGGAGCUGGCUACUUUUGCUGGGGAUGUGAUGGAUGUUCUUCAGACCAUAGACUCCUCAUCUCCAGAGGGUCGCAAAAUGGCAGAAGAUCUUCUGCUUCUUGCCCAGCAAUGUGUUGAAAUGACCUGUACUGAAUUUCGUCUUAAGUGUGAAACAAUAGUUCAAGAUUUGACAGAAAAAAGACAACAAUGUCAAACAGUAUUGGUGAAGUGGCUGUGCACGCGUAUGCUCUUUAUUUUGACACGCUGUACAAGGCUUUUGCAGUUUCAGAAAGAGAAAGAACCAAUUGAUGAGAAUUCUCUUAACAAAUUUAAGAAAUGUUUAGAAAGCAUUCCUGCUGUUGAAAUGAGCUGGUCUCUCACUUCCGAAGUUGCUGAUUCUCAUUCAGCUAAUGCUGUGCAUCAGAAGGCUGGUGGUGAACACAAUUUGCAGGGACAGAAUAAGGUGCCUCUUUUCCCUGAGCCAGCUGGACGGAAUGGUAUAACUUCUGGAAAAGGUUCCACUAAUGCUGAGAAAAUUUCAGUUGCGCAGGGAUCUCAGUCUGAUUUUACUUCACAGGAGCAACAAUUUUGUCACCCUGGUGGUCAUUUUAUAGGGGAUUCAAUGACAAAUUUCUGUUAUAGUUCACUUGAUGAGCACAACCAUAAUUUUCAUGGUUCACUUAGUGAGCCUGAACAAACACUAGAUGGAUCUGACUCAGUGAUCUGUAGAAUAUGUGAGGAAGCUGUACCUAUUUCUCAUUUAGAAUCUCAUUCUUAUAUAUGUGCAUAUGCGGAUAAAUGUGCACUGAAUUGUAUAGAUGUAGACGAAUGCCUAGUAAAGCUGGCAGAAAUAUUGGAACUGAUUAUAGAGUCACGGAAUUUGAAUUCCAUUGGGAGCCCCGAGAAUUCAAGAAUGCAAAAUUUGAGCUCUGCAGUUACAUCUGAAGGUUAUUCUCCCAAGAUAAGUGAGUGGCGAAACAAGGGUGUUGAAGGAAUGUUUGAGGACAUACAUGAGAUGGACACUGCCAGUAUUGAGGAUUCUCAUCUAGCUUCUAUUGACUUUAAGGGCCAUUUGGGCAUGAGGCUUGGCAACCAUGGAGCGUCAUCCUCAACUGGGAGCAUGACAUCACUAUCCUCUACGAAUACUCCAAGAGGAAGUCACUUUGAUUCUUUCUGGUUGGAGCGUAACAAUCCUUCUGAACUAGAGGAUUUGCAACAGAUGGUUGACCUUGCAGAUAUAGCUCGUUGUGUAGCAGACACAGACUUGUUGAAAGAAGGGUCUCAUGAGUUCUUGCUUGCAUGCAUGCAAGACUUGCAGGAUGUUUUACGGCAUAGUAAGCUUAAAGCUCUUGUAAUAGAUACUUUUGGAGGCCGAAUAGAAACUCUUCUGAGGGAGAAAUGUAUACUUGCUUGUGAAGCAACAGAUAUAAAAAGUCCAACGAGUUGCAUUGAACAAAGAGAAAACUCUAGACAUCUCUCAGAUAAUGCAUCUCAAAGGAGCACGGUGUCAACUCCUUUACAUAUGUCCCACAAAGAGAGAACAACAAUAGAUGAUUUUGAGAUCAUCAAACCAAUUAGCAGAGGUGCCUUUGGUAAAGUCUUUCUUGCACGCAAACGGACGACAGGUGACCUAUUUGCAAUAAAGGUUCUCAAGAAAUUGGAUAUGAUACGUAAAAAUGAUAUUGAGCGUAUAUUAGCUGAACGGAAUAUUCUAAUAGCAGUUCGGAACCCUUUUGUGGUUCGAUUUUUUUAUUCAUUCACCUGUAGAGAUAACCUCUAUUUGGUUAUGGAAUAUCUCAAUGGUGGUGACCUAUACUCAUUACUCAGAAAGGUUGGAUGCCUUGACGAAGAAGUAGCUCGAACAUAUAUUGCGGAGCUGGUUCUUGCUUUAGAGUAUCUCCAUUCCGUUGGAAUUGUGCAUCGUGACUUGAAACCAGACAACAUACUAAUUGCACAUGAUGGUCACAUUAAGCUUACAGACUUUGGACUAUCAAAAAUUGGCCUCAUAAACAACACAAUUGAUUUAUCUGGACCUGAAACAACUGGAACAACUUCAUUAGACACUUGUAAUCUACAUAAGCAACAAAUGGAGGAUAGAAGUCGGCACUCAGCAGUUGGGACACCUGAUUACCUGGCCCCUGAAAUUCUUCUUGGCACUGAGCAUGGUUAUGCUGCGGACUGGUGGUCAGUGGGUAUAAUCUUGUUUGAGUUCAUAACAGGAAUUCCACCUUUCGCUGCUGAAUGCCCUGAGAUAAUUUUUGACAACAUUCUGAACAGAAAGAUUCCAUGGCCAUCUGUGCCUAGUGAGAUGUCCUAUGAGGCUCAAGAUCUAAUUAACAGGUUGCUUACACAUGAUCCUAAACAGCGGUUAGGAGCAAAUGGAGCAACUGAGGUAAAAGCACAUGCUUUUUUCAAUGGAGUUAACUGGGAUAGUCUUGCAUUGCAAAAGGCUGCCUUUGUACCACACACUGAUAGUGCAGAUGACACCAGCUAUUUUUUAUCACGUUUUAGUCAAAUUUCCGGCGGAAUCCCUGAGAAUGAAUGUAGCAGUUCUGAUAAUGAGACUUAUGACUCAGGAUCAAAUACUGGACCGGAGAUGGAUGAAUGCGGUGACUUAGCAGAGUUUGAUUCCUCUCCUCUUAAUCUCUCAUUAACAAAUUUUUCCUUUAAGUAUUUGUUUUGCAGAACUUGUCACAAUUGGCAUCAAUAAAUCAUGAUGUUCUCGUACAAUCUGGGAAGGAUUCAGCCAAGUCCUCUCCAUCCAGAGGUUUAGGGAUAUAGCUUCAAAUUCAUUGUUGAAUCUAGUACCAAAGGUAUCUUUUCAUAAAUCCAUGUCUUUGGAUCAUUUAUUUUAAUCAAAAUGAUCGAUGAAAGGGAAGAGAAAAUGGUUCAAGCGACCCUAAAUACUUAAGAGAGUUUCAUACCUACUUUUAGGUAGCGUUUGUGCUUUCUCAAGUUAUGAUUUCAAUAGAUUGUGAUUGAUGGGAAAAUUACUUCACAACUUUUGGUAUAAAUCGAAAGAUAUUGUUUAAAGUCCCAUAAAA